AUAUAGAAAUAUCUAUUUCUAAAAUGCACUGCUAUCUUUGGAGCGUCUUCCUCACGCUGGAUCUGGUCACUGUGGCCUUUGCCCUGUCUACCUGCAGCACCCUCGAUAUGGAUCAGUUUAUGCGUAAGAGGAUCGAAGCGAUCCGGGGGCAAAUCCUGAGCAAACUGAAACUCACCAGCCCUCCGGAAGAGUACCCGGAGCCCGAGGAGGUCCCUCCGGAGGUCAUCUCGAUCUACAACAGCACCAGGGACCUGCUGCAGGAGAAAGCGAACCACAGAGCAGCCUCUUGCGAAAAGGAAAGGAGCGACGAGGAGUAUUACGCGAAAGAGGUUUACAAAAUAGACAUGAUGCCUUACUACCAGUCCGCAAAUUUCAUCUCAACAAACCACCCCAUCCCUUAUUUUAGAAGAGUGAGAUUUGAUGUCUCGGCAAUGGAAAAAAAUGCUUCCAACCUGGUGAAGGCAGAGUUUAGAGUUUUUCGCUUGCAGAACCCAAAGGCUCGUGUAUCAGAACAACGGAUAGAACUGUAUCAGGUUCUCAAAUCCAAAGAUCUAACAUCACCAAUGCAACGUUACAUUGAUAGCAAGGUAGUUAAGACAAGAGCGGAAGGCGAAUGGCUAUCUUUUGAUGUAACUGAUGCUGUACAAGAAUGGCUUCACCACAGAGACAGGAAUCUUGGAUUUAAAAUAAGUUUACAUUGUCCAUGCUGCACGUUUGUGCCUUCAAAUAAUUAUAUCAUCCCAAAUAAAAGCGAAGAAUUAGAGGCAAGAUUUGCAGGUAUUGAUGACUACUACACAUAUCCCAGUGGUGAGAAAUCUUUAAAGCCCAGUAGGAAAAAAUACAGUGGGAAGACCCCACAUCUCCUGCUAAUGUUAUUACCCUCCUACAGACUUGAGUCGCAACAGUCCAGUCGGCGGAAGAAGCGUGCUCUAGAUGCUGCCUAUUGCUUUCGGAACGUGCAAGAUAACUGCUGCUUGCGUCCAUUUUAUAUUGACUUCAAGAGAGAUCUUGGAUGGAAAUGGAUACAUGAACCUAAAGGAUACCAUGCAAAUUUCUGUGCAGGAGCUUGUCCCUAUUUAUGGAGCUCCGAUACUCAGCACAGUAGAGUACUCAGCUUGUAUAACACUAUCAAUCCAGAAGCGUCCGCAUCUCCAUGCUGUGUAUCCCAGGAUCUAGAACCCCUCACCAUCUUGUAUUAUAUUGGCAAAACUCCCAAAAUCGAGCAACUUUCGAACAUGAUCGUAAAGUCUUGCAAGUGCAGCUAAGGGAUACAUCGGAGCAGCACUGCAUGUGCAUUUUUUCCCCCUGGAAAAGAAAAGAAGAGAAAGAAACAUACCAAGAGGAAGAAACAAAAAGAACACAUAGGAUCAUCAGUGUUUUAAAAAGGAAAAAAAAAGCGGUACUAGUCCUGUUUCAUUGUUUUGUUUUGUUUUUAAACUGUCAUCCGAUGCAAAACCGUGAAGGCCUUAUUCUACAUUUCAACUACUUGGUUAGUGAGAUAGACAAGAAGCAUUUUUUAAUAAAAAAAAAUAAAAAAAUACUAACAAGAAAGAAUGACAAGAAAAAGAAAAACCUUUUAAAAAAUAAACACUGGAAGAAUUUGUAGAGUUCUUAUGUGAAAGGAAAAAAACAGGAAAAAUCCCAUUAAGUGGAGUUGCUGUAUCUAUCCCGUGGCUUUACUUGAUCUCCGUGUUGUUAUGCCAUAGACACCCUAUCCGUUCCUUGUAGUUUGUAGAAUUAACAGCGCAUUAUUUAUUUUUGUGUAAUACGAUCAAAUGAGAACAUGCUGUUGCCAUUGGGGGUGGGGUGGGGGUGAAAGUGUCAGAAAGAAAAAAGUCACAAAUGUGCAGACCAAAUAAACUGCUAGAAAUAUGUUUAAUGCCUAAGGAACAUGA